UGAGAGCAUGGACACUUAGCUACGAUACAGGGACUAUAAAUGCACAGUGUGGGUCCUUUUUUGGCACUUUGUUUCCCCUUCGCUUUCCCUUCAUCCUCAGAGAUCACUUGUAUUUUUCAACCUUCUUCUCCAUUAGACAGGAGACAAAGGAGUUCCUCUCUUUGUAAAAGGAGGAUGUGAACUGCCAGGAGCAGGAACGGUCUUUCAGAAUUCAAAAGCGGCAGCACUUUGAAUGUGUGCGCAUCCCUCUAUCUCCCUCCACUUCUUCAACAGGAGCCUCAGCGCCGAAGAGGAGACGCUUCCAAGUGACAACUCGCAAACUUGGCACGAUUUGAGUUAGACUCAAUGGCUCCCAGUGGAAAUAUGACAUCCAAUCUAACAUGCAAUGCCACCAUCGAUGAGUUCAGAAGUCAAGUGUACCCCAUAACCUACUCUGUGAUCUCUGUACUGGGUUUUGUCGAAAAUGGCUUUGUGUUGUGUGUUCUUAUAAGGACGUACCAUGAGAAGACGGCGUUCCAGAUAUACAUGUUCAAUCUUGCUAUUUCAGACCUGCUGUUUGUAUGCACGCUCCCUCUUCGGGUAGUAUACUAUGUCCAUAGAGGCAACUGGUUCUUUGGUGACUUCUUAUGCCGGAUCAGUUCAUAUGCGAUGUACGUCAACUUGUACAGUAGCAUCCUCUUCAUGACAGCCAUGAGCUUCUUCCGCUGCAUUGCCAUUGUUUUCCCAAUCCGCAACAUCCAUUUCAUAACAGAGAGAAAAGCCUUAUUGCUCUCCAUUGCGAUUUGGAUCUUUGUGACGUUGACAACCUCACCAUUUUUGAUGAGAGGCUCAUACCCCGACAGUAAGACAAACAAGAGUAAAUGCUUUGAGCCUCCGCAGAUGGAGCAGAUGUUAAAAUUAGUGGUCCUGCAUUACAUUGCAUUGUUUGUUGGUUUUAUUUUCCCUUUUGCCACUAUUGUUGUCUGCUAUACCAUGAUCAUAAGGACCUUGCUGAAAAAUCCAUUGCACAAGAGUGCAGGAUCACAUAAAAAAGCUGUCUGGAUGAUGGUCAUUGUGACCAUUGUGUUCUUGUUGAGCUUCACUCCAUAUCAUGUCCAGCGCACCGUACACAUCCAUUUUAUGAUGAGAAAGGAUGCCAGUUGUGAGGAUAAGCUCUACAUGCAGAAAUCCGUGGUGAUAACCCUUUCCCUUGCAGCUUUCAAUUGUUGCUUUGAUCCACUUCUCUAUUUCUUCUCUGGAGGCAACUUUCGGAAGAGGCUUUCUACGUUCCGAAAGGCUUCUACUUCCAGUGUGUUACAGCCACAGAAGAAGAACAUGUCCUUAAAGCCCUUAAAGGAGGAAAUGGUUCAUGAAAAAUCACCAGAAGAUAUGGAACGAUAUCCUCUCUCCUUUGAAGAAGCUGUCACAAUUCGAGAUGAGAUAGCAAGUUAGGAGCUCCUGAGCAUGAUAUCUCUUCACACUCAGAGAACACUGUAGUGCAAUGCCAGAGCAGGAGCCUCCGUUGCACAUCCUUGUGCACCAUUGGUAUAAAUGAUGUGUGGAAGAAUGUAAACAAGGGGUGGGCAACCUGUGGCUUUCCCAAUGUUAUUAGAUUGCAGUACCCAUCAGCUCUAGCCAGCAAAGGGGUAGCGUGAGAAAGAUUGCAGCGCAACACCAUGUGAGGUCCCAAAAUUGUUAUCUCUGAUAUAAACUGUACAGAUCAAUUAUA